ACAUCCUCAUACAUGGCCGUGGGCCACGGUGUUCAAAGUAUACAGUAGGUGACAUCCCCAUAGCUCUCUGAGAGUUUCUAGGGUUUAUCUUCUUCUCCUCUUCCUCUCUGCAGUGGAAAGAUAAAAGUUUUCAGUGGAAACAAUUCUUCACUUUCGAUUGUAUGGAAAUUCGUCUUUUGCUUUGAUAAAAUGCAGAUAUUACUUGUCUGAGAUGAUUUUUUUCUUAUACAUUUGACCCGUGGAUUUCCUUACUGGUUCUUCUAUUUCAACCCGUGUAUUUCCUUCUCUUCAAGGACUUAGUCCAUCCAGGACUAUUGUGUUUCUUUAAUCGGGAUUUCCAGUAUUGGACUCAACCAGAGGUCCUUCCGGGGGCUCGUGGUAAGAGCUGCCACCGUCGUUGCGCCAAAGACAGGGCAAGAGUAUUCUUAAUGUCAAAUUGAGAAAGUUGGGUUAAUAUCAACUUUUACGGUGUGACUGUUAUGACCAUCAGUCUUUGCGUCUGUUUGGCAUCAUUGCUGUUGCUCUAGAAAACGAUGCCACAUCAGCUCCACGUUGGAAAAAAAUGGUGCUCCAGGAAACGGGCGUUUGUUUGGAACUGUUUUUCCACAAAAAAUGGUGCUCCAAGCAACGCCUUGGAAAUCAGGAGGGCAUGGCUUGUAGCAACGUUGAAUUUGGCAUUUCCUGGAGCUGCAACUCGUUGCUUCCAACAGGGACAUGAGGUGGCUGUGACAGGGACAUGAAUCCUCUAAGUCAUUUUCCUUUUCGUUCUUCCCCCCUUCCUUCUCUGUAACAGGAGAUACCUAAACAUUUUGUCAUUUAGACACUGGAUGAUUCAAGCUCUUUGUAACAUUUUGGUUCAAGUGUAAUACUUGAAUAUUUAUGUAAAGUUACAAUUGGUAUAUGUAGAUUCCCAAAGUGGACAUAAAGGAAUGGAGAUACCUUCAAAAAACUUAAGGUUUUGAACAGUCUAUCAUCAAGUAGCUAUCAAUGGCAACCUCUUUCAUUUUUAGAGUCUUGGAUUUGAUGAAGAAACUCAGUGGAACUACCCGGUUUUUAUUGACAGAUGAGAGAGCAUAUACUUCUAUGGGAAAUGGAUAUUGGGAAGUUCUUUUGCAGAAGCGUCUAAUGACCACAAGCAAGCGGGUUCAAGACAGAAGCAAGAAGAAAAGAGUGCAUGAUCUGGAAAUAGCAACAGAAAAGUGGAAGGUAGUAUCGAAGAUGCUAUUUUUUAUGGAGGUUUUGAAGAGAGAACCAGAGCAAAUUAUUCCUCUAAGAUCACUGGAGCAGUACAGGAGGCAGAUUAACCUGCCAAAGCCCCAUAAAAUUUCUGACUUCAUUAGGAAAUCACCAAAAUUGCUUGAAUUGUACAAGGAUAGAAAGGGUGUAAUAUGGUGUGGGAUGACCAAAGAGGCUGAGGACUUGGUGGAAGAAGAGGCAAAGCUUCUGGAGGAGCAUGGAGAGAAAGCUGCUGAGCAUGUUACAAGGUUCUUGAUGAUGUCUGUGGACAAGCGACUUCCUGUCGACAAGAUAGCACAUUUUCGAAGAGAUUUUGGACUGCCAUAUGAUUUCCGAACAAGGUGGAUCUAUAAGUACCCUGAACAUUUUAGGGUGGUUAAAUCAGAGGAUGAUAUUGAAUACCUAGAACUUGUUUCUUGGAAUCCAGCUUGGGCCAUAACAGAGUUGGAGAAGAAGGUGAUAGGGGUGUCUGAAUCUGAACUCCCUACCCCUGGAAUGCUCUCAUUUCCUUUCCCCUUGAAAUUCCCUCCUAACUAUAAGAAGAUUUUUCGUUAUGGGGGGAAAAUUGAUAACUUUCAGAAACGGUCAUACCUUUCUCCGUAUGCUGAUGCACGAAACCUCCAAGCUGGGUCACAAGAAUUUGAUAAAAGGGCAGUUGCUGUGAUGCAUGAACUGCUUAGCUUUACCAUUGAGAAGAAACUUGUCACUGACCACCUCACUCAUUUUCGAAAGGAACUUGUAAUGCCUCAGAAAUUGAUGCGUCUUCUUCUAAAGCAUUUUGGCAUUUUUUAUGUUUCUGAGAGGGGAAAGAGAUUCAAUGUGUUUUUAACAGAAGCCUAUGAAGGGUCUGAGCUGAUUGAGAAAUGUCCCUUGGUGCUUUGGAAGGAAAAAGUCCAAAGCCUUACUGGUUACAGGGGAAGGAAACGGAGAAUUGAGACUUUUAAUGACUUCUUAGAAAAUGAAGGAGAUUAUGAUCUUUUUGACAAUGAUUCCGAAGGCAAGAAUGGGUUUGAGGAGUUAGAGGAUAAGGAAGAUGAAGAGGUUCUGGAUGAUGUUUCUCAUGUUGAUAAUGCUGAGAUGGAAGUUGGUGAGGUCACUGCCGCAUACAGAGGAUACUGAGAAGAUCAUGAGGGUGAAUGAUGAUCGCAUAAUUCUGGACAAAACAGUGGCUGAUCAAGUAUCUAUGUGGAGAAGCAGUAAAGGCAUGACAGAUGAAGUGGUUGUUGACCAUGCUUGUUCUGGGGAAACAUGUUCUUACUAUCAAAUUGGAGAUGUUUUCAUUUGUGAGAAAACUGGUCGUGUUCAUGUGUGUGAUGAUACAUGCAGAGAAGUUGUUUUGGAUACCUCCAGUGGCUUCUGGUUUGUACAAUAUCUGGGCACUGUUUUGAUAGAAUGCUCUCUCCUUCAGAAAUGGAACCAGAUGCUGAACAACAGCAAGGUGGUUUAACAGAUGAAGCAGAACCAUUUAUGGGAUCUGGCCGAUUUGCACGUGCUUAUCUCUUGGGGUAUAACUGUGCUGAUGAGAAGGAACUGGAAGCGGCAUUGAGGUUUUGCUGGUCUGGUAUUUGUGCUUUUCUUCCAUGUUCAGCGAAUUUUGAUGAAAAAGAUAGAAUCUUCAAGCCACACAGUUUUCUAAGAAUGAAAGAUAGUUGAUUUCAGUUCGAUAUAUGAUAAUUACUGUAUGGUGUAGAUUGUAAGUAUUACUUGAUGUAAAAGAAAGCUGGCUUCUUCAAGCCUAAAAGAUGUGUGGCAAGUUGUAUUUGUAGAAUACAAAUAGUGUUUGUGAUUAAAACAAGGUUUAAAGGAGCAAAGGUCUAGCUAGUAUUUAAAUA